CACCAGCAGGAUGGAUAUGUAAUGUACUAAAAGGAAUUUGUGUCGGAAGGCGUGGUGUGACUUAACGGUUCGCUUAUACAUGACUAAAUGUGUGUUGUUGGGUUUUUUAUUUCUGUUCUGUUACUGUUCAGAAGCUGGUUGGUGAUACUAACAUGUUGCUUUGUGUUUCCACCAGGUUGAUUUUUUGCAGCAAAAGCCUCUCCUGAAUGUGUUCAACAGCCAACUAUGUUCUCCCUCUGAGGAGAACCUGUGAGGUAGCAGCUACGCCAGGCAGGCUGUGUGGAGGAGUGUCCAUGCAAACUAAUUUCCCUGGAGUCAGGUCUCAUGGAGCUCCUCAGGACACGGAGAUGGACGUGGCCUGGCAGGAGCUGAUGGCCAUCACAGAGCUGCAGGAGUUUGAAGUCCCCAGUGAAGGUUCCUAUGAAACAUCACAGUACCAAACCAUGGAGCCGAUGGUCCCUGUGGGAGAGUAUGGGAUAUCUCAGCCCCAUCCCGAGCCUCCUCCACCUCCUCCUCCUCCUAGUGCUUGCGAGAUGAGCACCGCUGACAAUUAUGAUGGAUGUUAUUCUGAAGAGGUGCCCACCUGUCACCGUCUAGGCAGCAACACAGAAGCAAUGUAUGGAAACUCUGAAUCUCAGCUGAGUCAAAGAAUGCUCCCCAUCUCUCACGCUCAGCCCUCUCUCAUGGCGCUUAGGGAACCAAUGAACAUUUCAGGUACCAGUCAAGGGCACAGGAGAGCCAACGCCUGCCUCUCUCAGGGUUUAAGUCGGCACAUGCUCUGGACUACACAUGGACAAAGCGCACGAGCCCGCUCAGCUGAUGAUAUGGAGUCAGACUCUGGUCUGUCUCUGGGUUCUAGUCCACCUCUGGCCUCCCCAGAUAAUCCUGCAGGUGGUGCACCAGGCUACCAGAGCAUAGACAUAGGCAUGGCAUACAGCGAUGGUGAACAUGACAGCAUGAACGAGCAUGCCAGAAGAGCACACAUCCAUUACUCUAUGGACUACCAGAAUCAGGCUCACUCAUAUUUACACUCAGGUGCACAUCCAUCUUAUUUUUCACCACAACCCAGUUUAUGUCAUGCACAACAAAGUAGUCUGACUCUACGGUCAGUGAAACAACAGGGUCCUGCUGCUGCUUUGAGUGACCUGUACAAUGAUUCUGCAAUGUCCAGCAGAGGGAGCUCACAGCAUAACAUGUACACAAAACCACAAGGGAGCAUCUCCACCCCUGCACCGCUGAGCAGGGAUGAACGGCGGGCCAUGGCUCUGAAGAUCCCCUUCCCCAUGGAAAAGAUCAUCAAUCUACCUGUGGACGACUUCAAUGAGCUUCUGACACAGUAUACUCUGACAGAUACUCAACUAGCACUGGUCAGAGACAUUCGACGCAGAGGGAAGAACAAGGUGGCAGCUCAGAAUUGCAGGAAGAGGAAGCUGGAAAGCAUAAUUCACCUUGAAAGAGAACUAAAUCAGCUGCAGGCCCAAAGAGAGCACCUGGCACAGGAGAGACUAGAGUUCCAGCGGAGCUUAGCGUUCAUUAAAUGUCGCCUUACAGACCUCUAUGCAGAAGUGUUUUCUCACUUAAGAGAUGAAGAUGGACAACCAUACUCAAUAGAUGAAUAUUCCCUACAACAGACACCUGAUGGUAAAAUAUACUUGGUACCUCACAACGCAAAAGAAAGAGCAAUGCUUAAGAAUUGGGAAUAGUGUCAUUAUUUAUACAUCCCAUUGUAUACUACCCGACUGUGCCAACUGAA